GCUGGUGGCAUUUGGUGCUAUCAGCUGUUUUGUGUUUAGACGCUCAUCCGAAGCGCAUAUUCCCCCUACCCAUUACCACCCACCCCCUUGAAUUAAUACACAUCAUCUAAGUUGGCUACGUGGAAGUGAUAGCACCUGAAAUUGCACCUGCAAUAUGGUGCUCGGAUGCCUGCCAUGCUGCAAUCGCAAUGGCUACCAGCAGAUAGGGAAUACAGGUCCUCGAUUCGGAGUGCGUCAUCUGCAGUGCAUCCUGGUGUUCUUCGGCUUGGCCGUGGCCUACUCCCUGCGCGUGAAUCUAUCCGUGGCCAUUGUGGCCAUGACGGAUCGCAAUGCCAGCAACCCGGACUUUCCUGAAUUUGACUGGAACGAAAGCACCAAAUCGUACCUGCUGAGCAGCUUCUUCUGGGGUUACGUGGUUACCCAGAUUCCUGGCGGUUAUCUAUCCGCAAUUUAUGGUGCCAAGUUCAUGCUCUUCUACGGCGUGCUCAUAUGUUCCUUUUUGGCCCUGCUCACACCGUUUUGUGCGGAAUAUGGGGGCUGGCAGCUGGUGGUGGUGUUGCGGGCAGUCCAAGGACUCUGUCAGGGCGUCAUCUUCCCGUCCACACACACAUUCCUGUCGAAGUGGGCGCCGGCGGAGGAGCGCGGUCGCUUGGUCGGCUACUGCUACUCGGGAUCUCAAUUCGGAACUGUGGUAAUGCUAUCCGUAAGUGGAUACAUUGCCUCCUCCUCGCUGGGCUGGCCCAGCACCUUCUACAUUCCCGGAUGCGUCGGAAUCCUGUGGGCAUUUGUGUGGAUUUAUUAUUGCUCCAGUACGCCGGCACAACAUCCAACCAUUACGCCAAGCGAACGAAGAUAUAUUGAAUCCUCUGGACAGGCAAGAAGGCCCUCGGAUGCGGGACGCGAGGAACAGCCACGGCCGCCGACUCCCUGGUGGAGCAUCCUCACCUCCGGACCAUUCCUGGUGCUCGUCCUCGCCCACUGUGCCAACAACUGGGGCUUCUGGACGCUGCUCACGGAGAUUCCCACCUUCAUGAAGAACGUCCUGGGCAUGGACAUCAAGAGCAAUGGACCGCUAUCGGCGCUGCCCUACUUCGCCAUGAUCCUGCUCACGGUUGUUUUCAUCUGGCUGUCGGAUGCACUGAAGCAAAGGGGAACAGUAAUUCCCCUGGAGUUCUCCAGGAAGUUCUUCAACACGCUGGGAAUGUGGCUUCCCAUGCUUGCCUUAGUCGGAUUGGGUUACAUCACCGAGGGAGAGGCCAAUGUUCGGCUGGCCAUUGGAUUGCUCACCGCGGCAGUGGCCACCAAUUCGGCCACUUAUUUGGGCUUCCAUGUUAACCACAUCGACCUGUCACCCAACUAUGCGGGUACCUUGAUGGGCAUAACUAAUUGCGCGGCCAACUUUAUGAGCAUACUGGCACCGCUGAUCGUAGGACUGAUUGUCUGGGAUGAGAAAAAUCCUGCUCAAUGGCGAAUAGUAUUCUUCUUCACCGCUUUCGUGUAUUUCGUUGGCAAUCUUUUGUUCAUGCUUUUCGGACGCACAAGUGUUCAAUCAUGGAACACUCCCAUCCAGACGAGAACGCCUUCGUCUAGCGGAGGAGGAGAUCCAGAUAACACUACCGAAGAUCGAGCUCCGCUCAUUGACGCAUAAAAAUAGUAAUAGAAGACGUGGCCUAGGGAUUGGUUGUAAAUGUGAAACUUUUGUACCUUGAAGGCGAACCAUUCCAUGGAAUUGAUGAAUCGCAAUUAGUAUCGUAUUACUAGCUAUACACAUGACAAUUAUUUAUGUCUGCAAAUAUACCGAAUAUAUAUAUACUAUUUAUGUAUACAGGUUCGAAAAA